UAGAGAGGUGCGACGCGGUGCCUGAGCGAGUCAGCGACUUUUAACAGCUACCCAAGAGCAAAAACGAGCUAUGUACGUGUAAAGAAACUACCAAAAAGCUUUAAUGGACCUUAUUUGAGUUUAUUUUUUUCCAUUUGCUAAUUCUGCGCGAGUCAAUUCCCAGCCGGACUUUUUUUUUUUUUUUUUUUUUGAGUUGAGAAGUCACCGUCCGGGGAAGCAAGCAAGCAAGCAGGCAAGCAGGCAGCUCAACUUUUGCCUCGCGCGACCUUAUGUGGAUUUUACUACGAAAAACAUGGAGAGGGUACCCGAUUUCUCCUCGGGAACGUCGCUAGUCUUCGUCCUGGCUUUCCUUCACCUCUCCCUGGCUCUUCAGUGUGUGGAUGACAAAGCACCAUGUGUUAACAACGCUACCUGUCAGACCUUUAGCAAUGGCACCGGAUACUGCAGGUGCGCACCAGGCUUCCUGGGUGAAUACUGCCACCACAAGGACCCUUGUCAUCCCGACUUCUGCCAGAAUGGCGGGAACUGCUCCGUGGGCAUGCUGGCCGGCAUACCUGUACCGGGCAGCGCCACUUGCGCCUGCCCUCUCGGCUUUAUCGGCGAGCACUGCCAAAUUCCGCAGAACUCCACGUGCUACCCCAACAACCCGUGCGCUAACAAAGGCACAUGCGCCUUGCUGUCCCUCGACAAAUACACUUGCAACUGCGCCCGUGGAUGGACAGGACCACGGUGUGAGCAUGAGGACAGCUGCCUGUCAAGCCCCUGUGCCAACGGUGGAUCGUGCCGCGCUCUGCCAGGUGGUAAAUACGUUUGCUACUGCCCACCUGGCUACACGGGUCUCCGCUGCCACAAUGAUACCAAUGAAUGCGUCGCCUCGCCUACAAUAUGUCAGCAUGAAGGAGUAUGUGUCAACCACCCUGGCUCCUACAAAUGUAUUUGCGGUGCCGGGUUCACGGGUCGACACUGCGAGAGCUCGUACGUCCCUUGCUCUCCUUCGCCGUGCCUGAACGGCGGCACUUGCCACCAGAACUCUGAAACCAGCUACUCAUGCCACUGCCUUCCAGGAUUCAACGGGACCAACUGCGAGAACAACAUUGACGACUGCCCGGGUCAUCAGUGUGAAAACGGUGGCACCUGUAUGGACGGAGUCAACACCUACAACUGUCAGUGCCCUCCAGAGUGGACGGGUCAGCACUGCACAGAGGAUGUGGACGAAUGUCGCCUACAGCCCAACACUUGCCAGAACGGUGGGACCUGCAACAACCUAGCCGGCGGCUACGUGUGCGUGUGCGUCAACGGCUGGAGCGGACCUGACUGCUCCGAAAACAUCGACGACUGCGCGACCGCCGCCUGCACGCAAGGCUCCACGUGCAUCGAUCGCGUAGCCUCGUUCAUCUGCCUUUGCCCUCAUGGGAAGACGGGUUUACUUUGCCACAUUGACGACGCCUGCAUCAGCAACCCUUGCAGGGAGGGCUCCCAGUGUGACACCAACCCCAUCAGCGGCAUGUUCAACUGUAACUGUCCGCCCGGUUACGUCGGCAGCACCUGCAACGUCGACAGAGACGAGUGCAUCAUCGGAAGCAACCCUUGCGAGCACGGCGGCCAAUGUAUGAACACCGAAGGCUCCUUCACCUGCAACUGUGUGAGGGGUUACGCCGGGCCACGCUGCGAACAGGAUGUCAAUGAAUGUGCAUCGAACCCCUGCCAGAAUGACGGGACAUGCUUGGAUCGCAUCGGCGACUACACUUGCAUCUGCAUGCCUGGAUUUGAGGGCACUCACUGUGAGAUCGAGGUAAACGAGUGUCUCAGCUCCCCCUGUCUGAACCAGGGUAAAUGUCUGGACCAGGUCAACCGCUUUGUCUGCGAGUGCCCAGCAGGCUUCAGUGGUGAAACGUGCCAGAUAGACAACGACGAAUGUUCGAGUACACCAUGUUUAAAUGGAGCUAAGUGUAUCGACCGACCCAACGGAUACGAUUGUGAAUGUGCUGAAGGCUUCACCGGUCUUCUUUGCAAAGAGAACAUCAACGACUGCCAGCCGGAGCCAUGUCACCACGGCGUGUGUAAGGACGGCAUCGCCACCUUCUCCUGCGAGUGCCAGCUGGGAUACGUUGGCUCCAUCUGCAACAUCCAAGUGCAGGAGUGCCACAGCAACCCUUGUCAGUACCGAGGACGCUGCAUUGACCUGGUCAACGCCUACCAGUGUAACUGUCCACCUGGGACUGCAGGUGUCAACUGUGAAAUCAAUGAAGAUGACUGCGCCAGCAACCCCUGCGAGUAUGGGGAGUGCCAGGAUGGCAUCAACGAGUACAAGUGUGCGUGCUCCCCAGGAUACACAGGACUCAAAUGUGAGGUCGAUAUCAACGAGUGUAACUCCAACCCGUGUAUGAGCGGCGGGACCUGCAUUGACAAGGUGAACGGCUUCCACUGCCUGUGCCCGCCCAGCACCCACGGCCUUCUGUGCCUCUCGGGGAUCGACCACUGUGAGCACCAGCCUUGCGUGCACGGCGAAUGUAUUGAGCAGCAACACGGGUACCAUUGUGAGUGUGAACCCGGCUGGGGAGGACAACACUGCGAGCAGGAAAAAGACGAGUGCCAGCCCAACCCGUGCCAAAACGGUGGCUCCUGCUUGGACCGACAUAACGGGUACACCUGUGUGUGCCAGCUUGGAUUCAGAGGUUUGAACUGUGAGAAGAACAUUGACGAGUGCGCGUCCAAUCCCUGUUUCAACCAAGGCAUUUGUAUGGACAGAGUCAACGGUUACACUUGCCAGUGUAGUCCACCAUUUACAGGUAAAAACUGUAAGGACGAGCUUGUUCCUUGUGCUUCUCAUCCGUGUGAAAGAGGAGGAGUGUGUCGCCCGACUGCAGACUACAGCUCCUACACUUGCCGAUGUCCUGCCGGAUGGGAAGGGCCGCGCUGCACGGAGGAUGUCAACGAGUGCAAAAAGAAUCCUUGCCGAAAUGGCGGUCGCUGUGUGAACAGCCCGGGCAGCUACAUUUGUAAAUGUCAGCCAGGCUACAGCGGCCACAACUGCCAGACAGAUGUUGACGACUGUUCACCCAACCCGUGCUUGAACGGAGGCUCCUGCGUGGACGAUGUCGGCGGUUUCGCCUGCGAGUGCCGCCGAGGUUUCGAAGGGGGCCGCUGUGAGACGGAGAUCGACGAGUGCGCCGGCCAACCCUGCUGGAACGGCGCCAACUGCCGGGAUUAUGUCAACAGCUUUGUGUGCGAGUGUCGGGCAGGCUUUGAUGGCAUCCUGUGUGAACACAACAUCCAGGAAUGCACUGAAAGCUCUUGCCUAAAUAACGGCUCAUGCAUUGAUGACAUUAACACCUUCUCGUGUCGCUGCCGUCCCGGCUUCUACGGGACUUUCUGCGAGUAUGAGCAGAACGAAUGCGACUCCCAGCCUUGUAAGAAUGGCGGCACCUGCACGGACGGCCUGGGCACCUACAGAUGCACAUGUCCUGUGGGCUACAAUGGACAAAACUGCCAGAACUUUGUCAACUUGUGCAGCCAAGUGCGCUGUCACAACAGCGGCUCCUGCUCUCAAACGGCGACCUCAUGGACCUGUCAUUGUCAAAUGGGAUGGACUGGACUUUACUGUGAUGUCCCCAAUAUGUCUUGCCAGGACUUUGCUGCCAGGAAUGGUCUGGAAGUGGAGAGUGUUUGUAAAAAUGCAGGGCGAUGCGUGAACGUGGGUAAUUCCCACCAGUGUCUGUGCCAGCCAGGAUACACGGGCAGCUACUGUGACGAUAUGGUCGAUGAGUGCCAGUCAAAUCCCUGCCGCAAUGGAGCUACAUGCAAGGACUAUCAGGGCACAUAUGAAUGUGUUUGCAAGCCAGGCUACCAGGGGGUGAAUUGUGAGUAUGAUGUUGACGAAUGUCACUCGAGGCCCUGUCUCCAUGGAGGAACGUGCAUAAACCUCAUCAACCACUUCACCUGCGCCUGCCCACCCGGAACACAAGGGCUUCAGUGCGAAGUGAACGUGGACGACUGCGCACCCAAGCCUGGCUCGUGGGAGCCCCGCUGUCUGAACGGCGGUCAGUGUGUGGACGGAAUAGGGCGAUACAUGUGCUCCUGCCUGCCGGGCUUUGUCGGAGAACACUGUGAGGGGGAUCUGAACGAAUGCCUGUCCGAACCGUGCCACGCCACCGGCAGUCUGGACUGCGUCCAGCUUGUCAAUGACUAUCAGUGCCGCUGCCGCCUCGGCUACACAGGUCGUCAUUGUGAGUCCAUGGUGGAUUUGUGUCUGUCCAAGCCGUGCCAUAACAGCGGCGUCUGCUCCAUGAACAUGAGCUCAGUCCAUGGCUACACCUGCUCCUGUCCCCUUGGCUUCACCGGAUUCAACUGCGGUGAUCUCGAAGGCUAUAGCUGUGCCAAGCUCCACUGCCAGAACGGCGGCAACUGCGUGGAGUCACCAGUGGGCCAGCUCUACUGCCAGUGCCAACCAGGCUUCAGCGGGCCGCACUGCGAGAACAAGCAGACGUGCCCGACGCCCUGCCAAAACGGCGGAACCUGCAUUAACGACCCUUCCAACCCGUACCUGUACAGCUGCCGCUGCCUCACGCACUUCUCCGGACGCUACUGCGAGAACAAAGUGGCCGUACCGCGCACGCCUUCCUGCCCGUAUCUUCAGUGUGAGCAUCAGUCGGGCGAUAAAGUGUGCGACACUCAGUGUAACAACCACGAAUGUCAGUGGGACGGAGGAGACUGCUCGCUCAACUGGAAGCAGCCUUGGGUUAACUGCACCGCCAGUGUUCCUUGCUGGGAUUACUUUAAAAACGGACGCUGCGACAAGGAGUGCGACAACCCCGGCUGCCUCUUUGACAGCUUUGAAUGCCAGGAACAUGCGCCCAGCACCUGCAAGUAUGACAAGUACUGUCCGGACCAUUAUGGUAAUCUCGUGUGUGACUGGAGCUGCAACACGGAGGCCUGCGGCUGGGACGGUCUGGACUGCGCCAGUGAUACUCCAGCCAAAGUGAUCGAGGGCACCCUGGUUAUCGUGGUUCGGCUGCAGCCGAAGGAGCUGAUUGAGGACUUGCGUGGUUUCUUGCGCUCCCUGGGAGCCCUGCUCCACACCAACCUAAAGGUGAAGCUGGAUGAGAACAAGGAGCCCAUGGUGUACCCGUACUAUGGGCCGGAGGAUGGGCACGGGCGGCACUUACAAAGGGGCAAGCGUGAGCUGGAGAGAGAGGUUAUCGGUUCAGUGGUCCACCUGCAAAUUGACAACCGGGAAUGUUCCCAGAAAUCCGAAGACUGUUUCUCAAACACCAACGAAGCUGCUUCCUUUAUCGCAGCGGCGCACAUCAAGGCCGACCUGCCUUAUCCUCUCGUGUCUGUUAACAGUGACCUGACGGUUACAAAGACGACAACGUUUCCCAUGUACAUGAUCGGAGUGGCGUUUGUCAUCAUUCUGCUCAUUCUGGUGUUGGGGAUGCUGGCGGCCAAGAGGAAGAAUAAACACGGCGUGCUGUGGCUGCCCGAUGGCUUCUUGGCCAAUAAGAAUGACAAGAGGAGAGAACCUGUCGGUCAAGAUGACUUUGACAUGAAAAAUUUCAAGAGCCAAGAUGGAGCCAUGAUGGAUGGACGUCAAGGCCAAAGGUGGAUGGACGAUGAGGUUCCAGCUAAGAUUCCGAGGAAUGAAGACAAGCCCUUGCUAACCAUGUCUUCUGACGGAGGGGUUGACCGAAGGGAGUGGACCCUGCAACAUCGCAAGGCCGCUGACGUCAUUCUGACCCCGCCGCAAGCUGACAUGGAUACAGACUGCCUGGAUGUCAACGUCAAGGGACCCGAUGGCUUCACCCCGCUGAUGUUGGCUUCACUCCGCAACGGCGGAGGCCCCGACUGCUCGUUGCCCGGAGAGGAGGAGGAGGAGAGCGGAGGCGAUGAACCGGGACCGAGCGUUAUAUCCGACCUGAUCGCACAGGGUGCGUCGCUCAUGGCCCAGACGGACCGCACAGGAGAGACGGCGCUCCACCUGGCCGCCCGCUACGCCAGGGCAGAUGCUGCCAAGAGGCUGCUGGACGCCGGCGCUGAUCCCAACGCCCACGACAAUAUGGGGAGGACCCCCCUGCACGCUGCUGUGGCAGCAGAUGCACAGGGUGUCUUCCAGAUUCUCAUUCGCAAUCGUGCUACAGAUCUGGAUGCCCGAAUGAACGAUGGCACCACUCCACUAGUCCUGGCAGCCAGGUUGGCUGUGGAGGGCAUGGUGGAAGAACUGAUCCACUGCCAUGCUGACAUCAACGCUGUAGAUGACCAUGGCAAGUCCGCGCUUCACUGGGCCGCAGCAGUUAACAAUGUAGAGGCCACUCUUGUCCUCUUGAAGAACGGAGCCAACCGUGACAUGCAGGACAAUAAGGAGGAGACCCCGCUGUUCCUGGCAGCCAGGGAGGGCAGCUUCGAAGCCGCUCAAGUUCUCCUCGACCACUACUCAAAUCGCGACAUCACCGAUCACCUGGAUCGUCUUCCCAGAGACACGGCUCAAGAACGAAUGCAUCACGACAUCGUCCGUCUGCUGGACCAGUACAAUUUGGUUCACAGCCCCCACAACGGGCCCAAUCACAUCGGAGGAAAUUCUUCGGUGAUGUGCGGGGCCAACGGAGCCGCCUUCAUCGGCAUGCGUCCCGGACCGCAGGGGAAAAAGAGCCGGAGGGGCGGCCCAAAGAUGGGAGGUGUCGGCGGGGGAGCUAAGGAGCCCAAAGACAUGAAGGCCAAGAGAAGAAAGAAACCUGCCGGAGGGGAGGGUCCGGCUGCGGGUGCCGGCGGCAGCGGUUCAGGUGGCGUAAACGGCGUGAAGGCAGCUGGAGGACUUCCCGAGAGCUCCGUCACCAUGUCGCCCGUCGACUCCCUAGAAUCGCCGCACUCGUACGCGGGCGAUGCAUCCGGCGCGGCCUCCACCACCGCCAACUCCCCGCCCCUCAUGAGCAGCCCCGGAACCAGACCCAUGCUGCCCCCCGUCAGCCACAUGCUGGGCCAGCAGCAGCAGCAGCAGCAGCAGGCUUGGGUGGGCAUGAACAAGCACGGCUUCGGCGGCCACAUGUUCGGCCUGGUGCCGCACACCAUGGGGGGCACCCACCGUGGUAUGGCCCAGCACCACAGCCAGGGCCCCAUGUUGACCCCCAUGAAUGUCACCAUGAGUCGGGAGCAGCUGCCCCCCAUUGUCACCUUCCAGAUGAUGGCGCCCGGCGGAGGCCAAGCCAUGCUGAAGCAACCUCAGCAAGGCCACGUGCAGGUGACGCAGGCCCAGCCCCAGAACCCUCAGCCUGGGCCCGGCCACCUCCACUGCAGCCAGGGUUUGAUGUACCAGAUGCCGGAGCAGAUGAGCCUGGGGCUCUCCCACCCCAUGCAGCACCCCCACACCGUCACCCAUGGAGGGCCGCUGCCUUCGUAUCCGCCCAUGCAGAGCCCGGUGGAUAAGUACCCCACCCCGCCCUCCCAACACAGCUUCACCCCCGCCGGCUCCGAGGGCACCACUCCCGGGCACCCGGCGCACCCUCCGAGCGAGCACCCCUAUCUCACGCCCUCGCCCGAGUCCCCGGACCCUUGGUCGUCGUCUUCGCCGCACUCUAACUCGGACUGGUCCGACGUCACCACCAGCCCCACCCCGUUGGGGAACGGCCACCACGCGCUGCCCUCCGCCCGCCACACACACAUUCCCGAGCGGGCGCAGCUGCAACCGCAGUCGCAGCAGGCGUCCCAGCAGGCGUCCCAGCAACCGGCCCUGGGGAGCAGGCAGGUUUUCGCGUAGGCAAAGCAGCCAAAGAAUGACUUCUGGGGAUUCAAUGCGCUUCAACGUUGACGCAGAGUAACUUUCUCUCUUCCCGUCGUAUGUUAUAGUUGUCUCUCUUUGCACUUAAGAAAACUUGGUUAUAGUUCCUAAAACCUCCCUGAGCAAGAAAUCAAAUACAGUGGUGCCUUGACUGAUGAGUGCCCCAACUUCCAAGGCUUUGUGUUGCCAGACAAAAUUUGGGUUCAGAUGCAAUAUUAAUCAUUUAAAACUUAAAUAUACCCCAAACUAUGAUCCCAAACACAUUUGUAUCAUUUCAAACUCAUCUUACAACAUUACCCUUAAAAGCAAAGACUCUCUGUAACUUGCAGUAACAACCUAGGCUAAACUUAGCCCCUCCCUCACAUACAAAGAUCUAAGAACAUUCACGUAUUGUCACUCCAACAUACUUCUACUUGUUACUACUAUUGAUGGUACUACUUUUUGUUUUGUUUUGUUUUUAAUUGUGCUGCAAGCCAAAAUUAGCAAACCCGCAAAUAAAAAAUGAAAACACUUGCAAGGGGCAUGGAGCAGACAAGAGUUCUGACACUGACUGGUGUGAAAGUGGGGCGGGGGGGAGAAAGAGAGCCACACUCACUGAUGUGCUUUCACACGUUUAUUGGACUGGUCAAACAGUCAAACACAAAUGCAAAAUAAGAACACUCGCAAAGAGCUGCUGUAGGCCACAAGUCACACCCAGAUACUCACAUGCAGUCUAACCGGAUUUCAGCUCCUGACUUCACUUAAUAGGCGGUUUAACAACAAAUUGAACUUGUGCAGUAAGUCAAGGUACCACUGUACAGUAUACCAAAAAAAAAUGUUUAUUAUGAGCUAGAAUGUUUCCAUGUGUACCAAACAAACAUCUUAGCUCCUUGUUUGCUCACGUCAGAUUCAUUUGGCAACCAAACGUGGACUUAUUAUUUUUUUAUGAUCACAGAGAUGGACAUCGAGAUGAGAGCGGGGAUGAAAUGCGUCGGAUACUUUUGUCGUUUCUUUCUGCUACGUUACAUGCUAUCAUAUUUAUGCCACGAUGUGUGUUCAUGUCGAAACCACUCUUCCUAGGCCAAGUGAUCUGAAGCUUUUACUUGCAUGUUGGCAGUUUUUGUUACAAAAAUAACAAUCAUAGUCGCAAAGCUCCAUAGAAUUUUAUGUCCGCCUUUGUUGUUGUUGUUGUCUCUCUCCACUUUUGGUGUGUUGAAACAUACAUGGACGCACAGCACAUUCUGCUUGUAAAGUCUGAGAUUUUACUUAGAAAAGACUUUUUUUUCAAAGGCUCUUUAUAUAUAUAUAUAUAUAUAUAUAUAUAUAUAUAUAUAUAUAUAUAUAUAUGAUUACUGUGCGCACUUGGAUGAUUGUGAAUGUUAAAGGUGCAUAUUGAUGAUUUUUUUAAAAACUGCCUCUGUUUUUCUGUUUCUUCC